GUCAACGCAGCGGACAGAUCAUCAACCGGGUCAUGGGGAUGCGGUCAACCUUCCAGACACGUCACACCGGCAGGUUCGUUUUCUCAGCUUCCAGACAGGAUCAAAAUGGCGCCGUCUGUGGGAACGUGCCUGAUCUGGAACGUAAAGAUGGACGAUGUCGGAGAGUUCUGCCAUCCUCAUGACUUCGAUCGAACGAUCGACUUGACAAAUGUCAAAACAUUCCAAUUAGCAAAGACAAAAAGCGCCAAAUGUUCCCAACGAACGUGCGUACGUAAUCUUAUUCUAACUCCAACUCUCCAAACAGAACAACCUCCGCCGGCCGACCCUUCGUCCCUUCUACGCCGCCAUCAAUAUCUAGCUAUUAAUUAAUCCCCCCGGACGGCCGAGACGUUUGAACGCCGAUCUCAGCGUCUACUGCAGCAGACUCCAACUCCCUGUAUAUUUAUUGCAACUGAUCAGACUCUGCUACAAUUCAGUAACGCCAUUGCUCAAUUGCUUGGCCUCGAGGAAGAAGAAGAGAAUUAUUAAUGGAGGAGAAGAAGGAGAUCGGGGAGGUUGCGUUAAGAGUGAGCGACGAAGAGGGUGGAGGUGAUCCAAAGAAGAAGAUUAACAACGAGGAAGAGGCAGCAGCCAAGGAUAAGAGCUACAGCAGCGGCAGUAAAACAAGGAAAAGAGUUGCAUCUUUGGAUGCCUUCCGAGGCUUGACGAUAGUCUUAAUGAUAUUGGUGGAUGACGCGGGAGGAGCCUACGAGCGGAUCGAUCACUCGCCAUGGAAUGGCUGCACGCUUGCAGACUUCGUCAUGCCUUUCUUCCUCUUUAUCGUUGGCGUCGCAAUUGCUCUUGCGCUCAAGAGGAUCUCACAAGUCCCUGCCGCAAUAAGGAAGAUAAUUAUCAGGACAUUGAAACUUCUCUUCUGGGGAAUAAUCCUACAAGGUGGAUAUUCGCAUGCUCCUGAUGACCUCUCCUAUGGCGUCGAUAUGAAGAAAAUUAGAUGGUUUGGAAUUCUUCAGAGAAUUGCGUUGGUUUACUUGCUCGUGGCGCUCGUCGAGGUUUUGACGACCAAGAUUCGUCCAUCAAAAAUAACGGACGCUCCUUGGGCUCUCUUCGUUGCUUAUCGCUGGCAAUGGAUUUUUGGCUUUGUUUCCUUUGUGAUCUACAUGGUCACAACCUUCUCAGUGUAUGUUCCAGAUUGGAGCUUCGUUUACCAUGCAGAAGGAGACAUCAAUGACGGGAAGAGAUUCUUCGUGAAAUGUGGAGUGAGAGGGCACCUGGGUCCCGCUUGCAAUGCAGUAGGGUACGUGGACAGAUCAGUGUGGGGACUAAACCAUCUUUAUUCACAACCUGUUUGGAUAAGAUCCAAGGCAUGUACUCAUAGUUCACCCAACGUGGGCCCACUUAGAGAAGAUGCAGCUCCAUGGUGUCUGGCUCCUUUUGAACCAGAAGGCUUGUUGAGUUCAGUAUCUGCCAUCCUUUCUGGAACCAUUGGAGUUCAUUAUGGCCAUGUCUUAAUCCAUGUUAAAGAUCAUUCAGAGAGACUGAAGCAUUGGUUGGUGAUGGGAAUUGCACUUCUAACCUGUGGAUUCACUCUUCACUUCUCAAAUGCAAUUCCCCUCAACAAGCAACUCUACAGCUUCAGCUAUGUGUGUGUCACAGCUGGGGCAGCAGGUCUUGUUCUCUCAGCAUUUUAUGCAAUGAUUGAUGUGUGGGGUUUGAGAGCACCAUUCUUGUGGCUGGAGUGGAUAGGCAUGAACGCAAUGCUUGUUUUUGUGAUGGCAGCACAAGGAAUCUUCCCUGCCUUUGUGAACGGAUGGUACUAUGAAACUCCAAACAAUUCCCUGGUGCACUGGAUUCAAAAGCAUGUUUUUGUGAGAGUUUGGCACUCACAGAGAUUGGGAACGCUACUUUAUGUGAUUUUUGCUGAGAUUUUGUUCUGGGCAGUCGUCGCAGGCAUCCUCCAUAAGCUUGGCAUUUACUGGAAGCUCUGAAUUAAGAUUAUGUGAUGUACAGUGAUGAUUUGAUCUUUGAGAGUUGCAGAAUUUGUUGUAGCUCAAACUGUACAUGCCUAUCUCGGAAACCAUUUGAGAUAUUAAUCUAUGGAUUAAUUAACUCCA